UUUGUUGAAGACACAUACUAAAAUAGAAUCCCCUCAACCACCACCAACACACACAUAAAACGAAGAAGACUGACUGCUGCCGGACGACAAAAUGGAUGGUUCGAAGAAAUCCAGUUUAUCGGAAUCCCAGGUAAGAGAGAUGAAGACUGCUUUCGCGAUGCUUGAUAAAAAUCAAGAUGGCCGGGUCAAUCUGAAUGAUAUAAAGCACAUGUUGGAAAAUCUAGGGAUCAAGGUGGCCGACACAGUCCUACAAUCACUCAUCAGAGAAGUAAGCAAAAAUGAUUCAGUGAGUGAAGAAGAUUUCCUUUCAUGGAUGGCCAGUGUCACUCAGAAAGGACAAGAAGACGAUCUCAUGGAAGAUUUGAUGGCAGCUUUCAGAGUGUUCGAUAAGGACGGGAAUGGAUUCAUUACACGGGAUGAGCUGAAGAUGGCGAUGGAAAUAAUAGGAGAGACAAUGACAGAAAGUCAACUGGAUGAAAUGCUUCAUGCAACGGAUAUCGAUCAAGAUGGAAGAAUCAAUUACGAAGAAUUCGUUAAAAUUUUGCUAUGACUCGGAAAAUUGUGCAAGACGAACGAAGAACAAUGCCGGAAGACAACAAAAGUUUUCAAAAACAAUUUACAAAGUUUGAUUGAAAUUUGCUGCACUUAAAAAUCGAUGCACAGAAAAUUUAAACUAACAGGCCAGACGUGUCCUGCCUCAGUUUAAUCUUUGAGAUAGGAAAAUCUAUGAUUAUCUGCAAAAAUAAAAGAGGAAGAAAAAGUUCACAGAAAAAGAGUUGUUUGAAAAAUAAAUAUGAUUGUUUUUAAAAA